CUAAUCUUCUUGGCUGUCUAAAUUCUUUGAAGUCAUUCAUCCUGCUCAGGAGACCGGUUGUCAAGGCUUCCAAGCAUGCAGAGCUUCCUGCUUCAUUGUCCUCCAAUAAGGCUGUGUAUGGGCCUUGCCUGUAUCCUCUUUCUCUGGAAUGCAGUGUCUGGUCUUAAAGGAGAAGGCAAGAAAGAUAAAGAAAUGGCUCUCCCACCUGCAACAGUGUCUGGAAAUGAAGGCCUCAAGAAGGAGAAAAACGGAUCCUUUCUUCAUGCAGCAGAGUCUGUCUUCAAAGAAAAAAAGAUGGUAAAGGGAUUAGAGGUUCUUGCAACUACAGAACUCCCAGCAAGGUCAGUGGAUCUGUCUACACUCAACCUGACCGAGCUUGUGAAUGGCAUGCUCAAUAGAGCUUUAAAAGAUAGCAAGCAAUUCUUCUCCGUACUUAGCAUCACUUCUUAUAGUUCAUUUGCCUUUCACAAGGUUUCCGUGGCCAUCUACAACAUUUCCAACCCAAAGACAGUCGACCCAGCCAAAUUCCCUACCCGGCACUGCUACUGUUUGAGCAAUAGGACCAAUGACUUAUCAGAUUUCACAGCAUUGCUGGUGGACAUUGUUGGAAAUUCUACAAGCUACCUCACUGAGAUUUUUAAGUCAACCUCCAUCCUCUCUGUGACUCAGACCAAUGAAUCGGACUGUGUCUUCAUCUGUGUGAUGGUGGGAAAGUCAGGAAGGAAUCUUUCUGACUUCUGGGAGAUGGUGGAGAAAUCCCCUGUUAUCAACUACACAUUUACCAGUGGUGUGUCCAGUGUUUUAGCAACUACCAGGGGAACAGCAAGGACUUCAAGGCUCACAACUCAAAGCCAGCAGUCACUUCUAAGACCAUAUUCUGUACGCUGGAGCACACAAUGGGUAUCUGCUCUGAAGUCUCUCCCCUGGACAAAGACAAGUGCUCCUUCAGAGAAAGAGUUGGCAGAAAGCAAACAGAUGUUUCCAGAGCUUCCUGUUGGGACCAUAGGCACACACAGUAGUGCCCCAAGCUCAAGUAACAUGACCAGAACACCAUGGGGGACAAAUAGAUACACACAAGCACCUACAGUACCCAUGCCUAUGCCACUAAGUGUGGAUGAUAGCACACCUGAAGGACCACCCUGGGCAAGCCUUCCCUCCACAUCAGCCUCCAUUGAAGAUGCCCAGCAGCUCAGGAGCACAGGAAAUCUGUUGCAUCCUACUGGAAUACUGACUACACCCAGCCGACUAGCACAGCCCAGCAGGGCCUCGGGAACACUCAUGCCUGGAACACAGACUACAAACCCAACCCAAGCACCAGCUCCUAGAGUCCCUCAGACAGAUGGUAUUCCUGCAGAGUGGCCAUUCAUCCCUGAGAAAGAGCCAGCCCGGGACCCAGCAGCCCAUCAAGUUUCAAAGUGUCCUCGGCCACUCCUCCAAGAAGAGGCCAUUACAGAUACUCCUCUGCCCCUGGCCAUGAAGAAACUCACCCCAUGUCUGAUGGAACUCUGCCGCUUCUUCCAGCAAUGCCUCUGUGCAAUCCAAAAGCGGGAUUUCAGUUCAGAAGCCAUAAGCAAUUGUUACCUGCCAGAGAAAAUCAGGAAGCUGAUCACACUUCAUUAGAGGAUCUAGGCAUAGCUGUCUUCCAGUACUGAUAGAAGAUGCUCCUGGGCUUCAUUCUGGAUUGUUAAACAGUAGAAAUGCAUGUCCUUCCCCAGUAAGCGGAGGACCAAUUUCUCAAGUCUCAGGGUUAUCAUAAAACCUUACUAACUUUAUCUUUCAUUUUUUAAAUCUCCAUUAUCCACCAAAUCUGAGCACCAAUCCCAGGUUUGUACCCUUUCCCCUAAUCUGUUUUUAGAUUUGAUCUAGGUUGCCUCAAUAGCCUUGGGUGUUUUAUUUAAAUGAAGAGGGGAAUAAACAAGUUGACAGACUCAGGAAUGUAAACAGACAAGGAAGAUAUCCUCUGUACCAGUGAUGUCCUGCCCCCAGUGCAUUUCUUCACAGUGAAGAAAAGGAAAAAUUUCAAAACAAUACUUUUUGUAUUAUCUAGAGUCAGCCCACUUCAACAGAUUUUUCUCUCACUAACUGAAAGUGUGUUGAGUCUCUACUUUCUGUCAGUCGUGUAUUAUACUAAGGCAAGUGUUGUAAAGAUGAAUUACAAAUAGAUCUAGGAACUGGGUCAUAGUUGGCUGGUGGGACAUUAUAGUUGUAAAGCUCAAGUUAAAAUAAAAAUAAAAGUGAUAGGACUAAGUCACCUAUCCAAGC